UCGGGCCCCGCCCUCCUCCGGGUGACGUGCGGGGGGCGGGCCUGGGUGCGGCGGCGCCGGUGUCUCGGCGGCGGCGGCGGCGGGGAGCGAGCGCAGCGCGGCGGCACCAUGGGGGCUCAGCUGAGCACGUUGGGCCACGUGGUCCUCUCCCCGGUCUGGUUCCUCUACAGUCUGCUCAUGAAGCUGUUCCAGCGCUCCAGGCCGGCCAUCACCCUCGAGAACCCGGACAUCAAGUACCCGCUGCGGCUCAUCGACAAGGAGAUCGUCAGCCAUGACACCCGGCGGUUCCGCUUUGCCCUGCCGUCGCCCCAGCACAUCCUGGGCCUCCCCGUCGGCCAGCACAUCUACCUCUCGGCUCGAAUCGAUGGAAACCUGGUCAUUCGGCCCUACACGCCCGUCUCCAGCGAUGAUGACAAGGGCUUCGUGGACCUGGUCAUCAAGGUUUACUUCAAAGACACCCAUCCUAAGUUUCCCGCUGGAGGGAAGAUGUCCCAGUACCUGGAAAACAUGAAGAUCGGAGACACCAUUGAGUUCCGGGGCCCGAACGGGCUGCUGGUCUACCAGGGCAAAGGAAAGUUUGCCAUCCGUCCAGACAAGAAGUCCAGCCCCGUCAUCAAGACGGUGAAGUGUGUCGGCAUGAUCGCAGGAGGAACGGGCAUCACCCCGAUGCUGCAGGUGAUCCGCGCCAUCAUGAAGGACCCGGACGACCACACCGUGUGCCACCUGCUCUUUGCCAACCAGACCGAGAAGGACAUCCUGCUGCGGCCUGAGCUGGAGGAGCUGAGGAACGAGCAUUCUGCACGCUUCAAGCUCUGGUACACGGUGGACAAAGCCCCUGAAGCCUGGGACUACAGCCAGGGCUUCGUGAACGAGGAGAUGAUCCGGGACCACCUUCCGCCCCCGGAGGACGAGCCGCUGGUGCUGAUGUGUGGACCGCCACCCAUGAUCCAGUACGCCUGCCUGCCCAACCUGGAGCGCGUGGGCCACCCCAAGGAUCGCUGCUUCACCUUCUGAGGGCCGGGCCCUGGCCGCGCGCUUGCCCGCCCCACAUCCUCACUGGGCCCUGGCCUCACACCACCCCCCCUGCCGCCACUGUUGUUUCAUGUCACUGUCCCCCACGUCUCCUGCCGCGGCCCCGGGUUCAGCCUGGCCUGCCCGUGUGCCUGGGUGGUCACCCCGCUGGGCUGGCCCCCGAGGGGCUCCUUUGGGAGCAGGGUUCUGUUACAGAUGGGCCACUGCCACUGGCCACCUUCAGGGCAGGUUCCUGUUUGCCCCUCACUGGUUCUUACUGGUGAUGCCUGGUCCUGGCCCUGGCCCCGGCCCUCUUCCCCACCCCCACACUACUGGGCCGAGGAGGCCAGCACCAUGCCCCACCUCCCUCUCCCAGAGCAGACCACACUCUGGAAAUAAACAUGAAGGUACGGGCAGCCCAGAGCUGCGGGUGCCCGGGAGCCCCGGCCACCGCCUCGGGACCCUUGCCUGCCCCUCACGGCCAGGCCUCAGCACCUGACACUACAUGACAGGUAACACCAAAAAGCCCUCUUGGCAGGGGCCGUGGGGGCGAGAGGCUGCCCCCACCCUGGGGCCCGGGCCGGCCCGGCCCGCAGGGAGCUUGGCUCUUCCUGGGGCUGGAGUGGGAGGAAGGGGCUGGCCAGGGGCCCCUCCAGCUGGCACCUGGGCCAUCCCGAAACCUCAGCAUUUCCCCCAGCACGCCCAGUGGGGCAGCCUCGGGAGUUGUGGGCUGUCAGCUCGGCAGCCUGACCCACCGCCUUGUGUCCCGGGCCGCAGUCCUGAUGGCAGAGCUCAGACAACGUUUAUUUGCUCCUCUGUCCCAAACGCCUGCUCCUGCUGCCCUCGCCCCCAUCCGGGGAGAUUCUGAGCAGAGCCUCUUGUCUGAGAGAUGUUCUCAGCGGCCUCGACGUUGCCUUUAGACGACCGUGUGUCGGCCUCUUGCAUAUUGGCUUUUUUAGAGUCAUUUAUGAGCAGAAAAAACAUUGAAGUAAAACUUUGCUAAUAUGAA